CAUCCCUAAACAUCCUCAAUUUUCUGGCCAAUUUGUCCUCAAACAAAGCUUCGGCCUUUAGCUGCUCCCUCCCAAAACCCUAAAACAGAGCACUCCCUCAUUUGAAAUCAGCUUUCGGAAACCCCAAAGGAAAAAAAAAAUGGGAAUGAAGCUAUUCGAUGGUGACGAUGAUGAUGUAGAGAAGCUGGACAAAAUUGAGAUAAACGAGGAAUUCGCCCGCCGCUACGAACACAACAAGAAACGAGAGGACUUGCAAAAGCUCGAAGAACUGAAGAAGAAAGGCGUCAUUGAUGACGAAUCCUCUUCCGAAGACACAGAGGAGGAAGAAGAAGAAGAGGAUUUAAACCCUACAAGUAAUUUAAAGUUCUUUGAUGCUUUGCUUAAGAUUAAAAAAGGCGACCCUGUUGUUUUGAAUAAUAAAGAUGCUAAGUUAUUCGAUUCUGAAUCUGAAACAAAUUCUGAGUCUGAGGAGAAGAAACAUAAAAAUAAAAAUAAAAAGCCAAUGUAUUUGAAGGAUGUAGUGUCUAAGCAUUUGAUAGAGGAGGGUCCCGAGUUCGGAGAUGAAGAAGGGGAGAAGAAAGUGAAGACGUAUUCAGAGGAGCAAGAGGAUUUGAGAGAGGAGUUUUUGAAUGCUGUUAAGGAGGAUGAGGAGGAAGAGGACUUGUUUAAGGUGAAAGGGAAUGAGAAAAGAGAGGACGGGUUAGGUGAUGACGAGGAGGAGGGAAGUAAUGAGAUUGCUAAGAAGUUGGAUGAGGUUUUCGGGGAGGAUGAGAAGUUGGAUGAAGAGACAUUGUUUAUAAAGGAUUUUUUUAGGAAGAAGAUGUGGAAUGAUGAUAAGAAAGGGAAGAGGGCGGAUGAUGACGAGGAUGUGAAGUUUUCGGAGGAUGAGGAGGAGAUUGAGAGACAAGAGGAUUAUGAGAGAGAGUUUAAUUUUAGAUUCGAGGAGAAUGCAGGGGAUCGAGUGUGGGGACAUUCGAGGCAGGUGGAGGGAUCUGUGAGGAAAAAGACAAACGCGAGGAAGUUGCAGAGGGAGAGAAAGGAAGAGAGGAUGGUGCAGGCAGAAGAGGAGAGGAAAGAGGAGUUGAAACGUUUGAAGAACUUGAAGAAGAAGGAGAUGAAGGAGAGGCUUGAUAAGAUUAAGGAGACUGCUGGGAUAGGAGAGGAUGAGGUUUGCUUAUUGGAUGUCGAUGAUUUGGAGGAGGAAUUUGAUCCUGACGAGCACGAUAGGAAGAUGAAGGUGGCUUUUAGUGAUGCCUACUACGAGGCUGAUGAUAUAGAUCCCGAGUUUGGGAGUGAUAAGGAUGAAGAUGAUGGUGACCUUGAGAAGCCAGAUUUUGACAAGGAAGAUGAGUUACUGGGACUGCCGAAGGGAUGGGAUAAAGUGGACGAGCCUCGUGAUGGCUUUUUAUCAACUAGGGAAAAACUUCUGAAAGCUAUAGAGAAUGAAGGUGGUGAUCAUGAGCAAGCAGGAGAUGAUAAUAAAGGAAGUGCUGAUGAUGAUGAGGUGGCUGAAGAAGGUAAGCGGAAGAAGAAGAGGAAGCGAACUAGUACAUUAAUGAAAACAGUUAAAGAACAGCUGAUGGAGGAGUAUUACAAGUUGGACUACGAGGAUACUAUUGGAGACUUGAAGACAAGAUUCAAGUAUAGGCCUGUCAAAGCCAAGAGAUUUGGGCUAACUCCAGAGGAGAUGUUAACAAUGGAGGAUAAGGAGUUAAAUCAGUAUGUCUCUUUGAAGAAGAUAGCACCUUAUAGAGAAAAGGAAUGGAAGGUAGACCGUCUGAAGACACUCGAAGUGAGAAAGAAACUUAAAGGAGAAGUUUCACAUGUGCCAAAAACUGAAAAGAAGAGAAAGUUUGAUAACAAGGAAAAAUUUGAUGGUGAGACAGAUGAUAGAAAAGGGAAGCAAGAGGAAUCUAAUGGAGAUGCAAGCAAACAGUCGAGGCGAAGUAGGAGGCGGAAGCAACAAGCUGAGCAUAAGCUGUCUGAAGCCAGGCUUAAGGCAUAUUCAGCUAACCUGUCAGAGUCAAACAGCAAAAAGAAGUAGCAGCAAGUUAAUGGAGCAGCUUUGUACAACGGGUUUAAGCAUAUGCAGGUUGUCCAUCUCAGUGAUCAAUGAGAAGUCGUGGCCACAAAUAUAGUCUACUGGCAAGGGCUAGCGUGGAAUCGAGUUUUGCAGAUCUAGCUAAUGGUUGUAUUUUAUACUGAUCUGUUAGAAUUUUUUUGAUGAACAAUUGAAAUUUUGUCAUAGUUCUUAUGGAGUUGGUAAGAACUUAUUUUUGAGAUUGAAGGACGAUAUGUUUCUUGUGUGCGGUUGUUCACACCUGUCACUUCAUUUCAUUUUUUUUAAUAUAACGAUUUCUGAAAUCUUAUGAAGA